GUAACAUCUUAUCACAAUGGCCAACUUCAAGGCAUCAUAUGAGUAUCAGCCCAAGGGCAUGGUCUUCAGGAACCUCGGCCCCAGCGGUCUCCGUGUUCCUGUCUUCUCUCUCGGUGGCUGGCUUACCUACGGUGGUACCGUUAAGGGCGACCCCGUCAAGGAAGUGAUGAAGGCUGCCUUCGAGGCCGGUAUCAACAUGUUCGACACUGCCGAGGGCUACGAGGCUGGCGAGUGUGAGCGUGAGAUGGGCCGUGUGGUCAAGGAGUGCGGCUGGCGCAGAACCGACCUCAUCAUCACUACCAAGAUCUUUUUCGGUGUGAGGAGGCCAGGCCCGAAUGACAAGGGGUUGAGCAGGAAGCAUCUGAUCGAGGGUCUGAACGAGUCACUGGAGCGUCUCCAGAUGGACUAUGUUGACGUCGUUUUCGCCCAUCGUCCCGAUGUUACUGUGCCAAUGGAGGAGAUCGUCCGUGCCUUCGACUACCUGAUCAACUCCGGCAAGGCGUUCUACUGGGGUACCUCCGAGUGGUCUGCUCGCCAGAUCGAGGAGGCAAUGAACAUCUCCGAGAAGCUCGGUCUCAUUGCUCCCAUCUGCGACCAGGUCCAGUACAACUGCUUCCACCGUCAGCGGUUCGAGAGCGAGUACGACCACCUGUACAAGAAGUACCAGUAUGGUACCACCAUCUGGUCUGCUCUCGCUUCCGGUAUCCUUACCGGCAAGUACAACGAUGGCAUUCCCGCAGAUUCCCGUUUCACAACCAAUGCCGACUUCUUCAAGAACACCAUCGAGCAGCUGCAGAAGCCCGAGGGGCAGGAGAAGAUCGAGAAGGUGCGCAAGCUCACCAAGCUUGCUGAGACCAAAUACGGCUGCACUGUCGCGACCCUCGCCCUUGCUUGGGCUGCUGCUCACCCAGGUGCCUCCACCGUCAUCCUUGGUGCCUCCAAGCCCCAGCAGGUGUACGACAACCUGAAGGCGCUCGAGAUCAUUCCCAAGCUCACCCCUGAAGCUCUGGCUGAAAUCGAUGAUAUUCUGGACAACAAGCCCGCGGCGGAGCCCAACUACGGCCGUGGUGUUCGUGGUGCCCUGGUUUAAAUGCUGAAGGAUAUCUAAUAUAUAGUGAUGGCUAUAGAGUCAAGGAGACAACAUGAUCUUGACAGGUAAAAAUAGUCGCUCAUAGCGGGACAUGGCACGUCGUGUAGAUCCUUUCGAUCACAUAUGUUGUCUUUUAGUGUGAAUAUGAAAUAUGA